AGCAGAGUGCGGAAGUGGUAGCUGUUUUGGGUGCAUUCAUAGCACUGAUACAGCCAUGAGAGCACUCGUGGAUGUGUUGUGCAUUGCGAGUGGUCAUUAACAGAGGAGAAAUGGCAAAUAACCAGUUUCUCAGCCUAACAUGAGGUGUUAUUAAACGACCGUCUGACGCCGACGGAACCUGAGGACCCGCCGGGAAACAUUAGCGUAGCAUAAUAGUCCUGCUAACUUGUAGCGAAACACUAGCAGAGGAGCAGCCAUGGCAGAGGCCGGAGCUCAUCUCACCUCCACCACUGUGAAUGAGCAGCCGUCAGUCUUUGAGGUCCUGGCGCAGGAGUCUCUGAUGGAAGCAGUGAAACCUGCACUGAGACACGCUGUCAAGGUUCUAGCAGAGUCCAACCCAUCCCGUUUUGGCUUUCUGUGGCGAAACUUCGAUGAGCUCUACCUGCUGCUGGACCUCCUCCUUCAGAACCACUUCCUGUCUCACUGCAGCGCCUCCUUCUCUGAGAACUUCUACGGCCUGAAAAGAGUUUCAGGAGGAUGGGGAUUUCCUGUUCGCCUGGGGCUGCGCGGGAAGUCACACUGGAGAUCUCUUCUUCUUCUGUGCCUGGUUCCGUACCUGCGAGCCAAGCUGGAGUCGACGCUGGCACAGCAGAGGGACGAAGAGGACUUCUCCAUCCAACUGGCACAGACCAGGAGCCAGAAACUGUACCGGGCAGCCGUAGCAGCGUACCCGUACGUCAGCACAGCCUGGCAGGCCUGGGUCUUCUGCCAGCAGCUGCUCUUUGUCUUUGGAGUUGCUAGGACCCAUAGUCCUCUGCUGUGGCUGGCCAGGGUGAGACUGGCACGACUUAAUGCCCAAGAUAUCAGAGACAUGGAGCUGAAGAUCAGCAACACCGGCAACUCAGCUGACAAGAGCCUGGUGCAGAGAGUGUGGUGGCUGAUCUCACAAGCAGCGAGGGGCGUUGCUGUUUCCCUCUCCACCUCUCUCUCCCUGGGCGUCUUCUUCCUGCAGUUCCUGGAGUGGUGGUACUCCUCUGACAACCAGAGCACUGUGAAAACCCUCACCUCCCUGCCUACUCCUCCACCCCCUCUCCACCUGCGGGAGGAGCGCAACUGUGGGGAUUCUCAGUUCGUCUCGGCCAAGCACAGCAAAGAACCUCGGCUGGGCCCGGACAGCAGGAACUGUCCUCUGUGCCGGAGGCUCUGCACAAACACCACCGUGCUGUCCACCUCAGGCUUUGUCUUCUGUUACCGCUGCAUCUACACGUAUGUGAAAGCCAAACGCUGCUGCCCUGUCACCGGAUAUCCCACUGAACUGCAGCACCUCAUCAAGAUAUACUCACCGGAGACCUAGACCACAGUGACAACAUAUGUAGAGCAUAUGUUAGAGUCCCCCUUUAAUCAGCAACAGUGGCCUUGUUUUUAAAAGGUGAAACUCUCAGCAGUCUGUGCCAGUUCAGUUGGUUUCUCUCUGCAGCCCUGUGUUCAAUGAGCUGUAGGACUCUGUGCUUGAAUUACUGUAUGUUUUUUGGGAUAAAAACAUUGUGUUUUUCCCAUAGACUUUCCAGUCUUUACUACAUUUGUCAGGGAUACGAGCUAAUUUAGAUGUGAAGCGUAACUUCUACGUCAGAGUGAAUAUUUAAACAUUCAGUAAAUGAUCAUCUCUCAGUGGUAACAGGAGUAUCUAAUAUCUCAACUGCAGUAAUUGGAAAAUGUUGUCUUUGGAGGACACCUUUAACACCCCCAAAUCCAAUACAUGUAUGGUGAGUCAACAAGAACGGCCAAACUCUUAGGAGUUAAGCUAGCCAGUGGCAGAUUAGUGGCCUAAGUCCAAAACCCAAAUAUGUUUAAGCAUCACAAAAAGAAAAUCAUCACAUCUUCACAUUCAACAUGCUGUAACCAGUGAUUUUUGCAUAAACGACUUGACAAUUAAUUAUCAUAA